CAUAUCAAUACAUGACACCAUUUUUUUGUUUUUUUUAUAAAGGGGCGUUAAAAACUUCCAUUAAGGCAGGUUUUUCUUUAAUUUCUCACGCUUGCAUGCACAAAAAAGUACACGUUCAGAACAGCCUGAUACUGUUCUCGCACACAAAGCAUGCCAUAAUUUGCAUGCAAACCUGGAAAGACAAAUUGGAAUUUACAUGGAAGCAAAUGCAGCGAGGCGGAAAAACCCGAGAGAAUUUGUAUAUGGAAGAGUUUGUUAGAGGAAGAGCAAAGAAGAAGGGACAGGAACAGGCACAUUUUCUCCCACAGAUAGAAUCCUAAUUAAGAAAAUUGGAGUAAAUUACAGGGCGGGAGGGUUACUGGGCCGGUAAUGAAGCCUGAUAUCUUAUCAUGAAAGAGAGUGAGCCAGAGAGGAAGGCUAAACUUGAGCCUGACUGGGUGUAAGGAAAAGGGGAUUUAACUUGCGCUCAAAAUUCAUGAGCAGAAUGUUAAAGUAACCUGAUGCUUUCUGUGAGUUUUACUCUGAUCCGAGACGGAGGAAUAUUGACUUCGGGAUUUACCCCACCAUCACUUCCUCGUACAGACUAAUCUAGGCUUAGUGCAAAGAGGAGAGUCCACAUAAUGUCUUGUGGAUGGUUCCACAGAGAUAUCACAGGCCUGCAGGCCGAGGAGAUACUCAAGACUCGAGGCAUUCAUGGCAGCUUUUUGGCUCGGCCCAGUAAGAAAAAUGUUGGCGAUUUCUCCCUGUCUGUAAGGGUGGGUGAGCUGGUGACCCACAUCCGCAUCCAAAAUACAGGAGACUACUAUGACUUAUAUGGCGGUGAGAAGUUUGCCACGCUGUCAGAGCUGGUGGAUUACUACACGGCAGAGAACGGCAUCCUGCAGGACAAGGACGGCACCGUUAUCGAGCUCAAAUAUCCCCUCAACUGCUCCGACCCCACCACAGAGAGGUGGUACCACGGUCACCUGUCAGGGUCCAACGCCGAGAAGCUGCUCUCUGUGAAAGACGAGCCAGGGACCUUCCUGGUCAGAGAGUCGCUGUCCAAACCUGGAGACUUUGUCCUCUCUGUUCUGACGGACGAGAUCAGCAAAAGCGGAGGAAAGAGGGUCUCGCACAUAAAGAUAAUGUGCCAGAGUGACAGGUAUACCAUCGGAGGCUCAGACAUGUUUGACACGCUGACAGACUUGGUGGAGCACUACAAACGCAAAGGCAUUGAGGAGAUCUCUGGAAACUGGGUUUACCUCAAACAGCCGUAUUACUCCACUAGAGUGAACGCAGCAGAUAUUGACAGCAGAGUGAAACAGCUGGACCAGACCACACAGAAGCAGCAGGAUGGCGAGGGAGAGAAGAGCAAGGCGGGCUUCUGGGAGGAAUUCGACGCUCUUCAAAAGUUGGAGGCAAAGGUGAAAAAGAGCAGAGAUGAGGGCCAAAGACCUGAAAACAAGAGCAAAAACAGAUACAAGAACAUACUUCCAUUCAAUGACACCAGGGUCAUCUUGGAGGACAGUGAUCCCAAUGUUGUGGGUUCAGAUUACAUCAACGGCAACUAUGUGAAAAACAAACUGCAGGAAUCCGAAGAUCAGAAAGUUUACAUUGCCACUCAGGGGUGUCUAGCAACAACAGUUAAUGAUUUCUGGCAGAUGGUAUGGCAAGAGAGGACCAGCGUGAUCGUGAUGACAACAAGAGAGGUCGAGAAAGGACGGAAUAAAUGCGUUCCAUACUGGCCUGAGCUCCACUCAACUAAGGAGGUGGGCCGCUACGUGGUGAGCUGCGAGCUAGAGAGGGAAGCUGGUGAUUAUAAAAUCCGAGUCCUGGAGAUCGCACCCCUGGACCAGCCAAAACAUGUUCGCAAAGUGUGGCACUACCAGUACCUCAGCUGGCCAGAUCACGGCGUCCCUCAGGAAUCAAGCGGUGUCCUCGGCUUCCUCACUCAAGUGAACUCUAAACAGGCUGAAUUUCCUAACGCCGGUCCCAUGAUCGUCCACUGCAGUGCUGGUAUUGGUCGAACGGGCACAAUCGUGGUAAUUGACAUGAUCAUCGAGACCAUUGAUACUUUAGGUCUGGACAUUGAUAUUGACAUUGCGAAAUACAUUCAGAUGGUGCGAGAGCAGCGCUCUGGUAUGGUGCAGACUGAGGCCCAGUACAAAUUCAUCUACCUGGCUGUGGCUGAGUACAUACAGAUCGCCAAGGCCAAAGACUCCGCCUCAAUGGAAACCGAGACCGAGUAUGGAAAUCUCCAAAUCAAACACCAACCAGCGGGCAGAGUGGUGUCAAAAAACAAAGAGGACGUUUACGAGAAUCUGUCAAAAGGAAAGAAAGACGCGAAAAAGUCAAAGUCGGACAAGAAGAGUGGCUCCGUGAAAAAGAGAUAGAAGACUGGGAGGUUUUAUCAAAGUAUGUCAUGUUAUAUUUAUGCAGACACCCUUGUUAAUGCAAUCUAUUUGUUGAAGCCUUACGCAAAAUAAAAGGAAGGUUCAGAAAAACAGCAUAACUUGAUGACAUCGUCUAUGCUACAUGAUUGCUUGGCUAAUGUUUGUUCAAAAUAAAGGCGGGCUGUGUGUACACUU